AUGAGUAUCGCAUCUUUGAUCGACGAACCUCCUUUCCAGGUUCCCGCACAACCUUGGACCAAUGUCACGACUGAUGACAACGCCGUCUCUCAUCUCAUAUCCGCAUACUUCACCUGGCAAUAUCACCAAUAUCCCUCGGUGGUUCCUGACAUCCUCGUGAGGGAAAUGAAUGCACAAGAUACAUCUAGCCAAUUGUGCUCUUCCCUCUUGGUCAACACUAUACUGUUCAAUGCAUGCAUGUACACCGACCACGUAUGCGCCUUUGCCAAUCCAGGUGAUCCAUCCACCAGAGGCCUCCAUUACCUGGAAGAGGCGAUGAGGUUGUGGAAUCUCGAGGAAGGAAGUGUUUCCUUAACGACUCAUCAGGCCUUGCCCUCGAUGAUGGCCGGUCGAUUAUCCGCUCUGACGACAGAGCUGAUUAUGAAGGUCAAAGCAAGUAAGAGGCAGGGCAAAACCGAGUUCACUUCAGACGAUUUUCAACGCUCAUACCGCUCAUCUAUAUGGGCGUCUUACAACAUCCGGAUGGAGCUCGCUUUAGCUUAUCGAAGAUCUUCGGAACUUCAAAAACCUCAGGUGAAGCGUCCGUUUGUAGAUAACGAAUUACAGUACCAGACGGUAUGGAGACCAUAUCCCGACUUGGGUCCUGAAGCCCCCUUAUGCCAGUUCGUGAUUAACGACGCAAGAUUCGAUCUCUCCGAGAUCACAGCCGAGCUAGUACCGUUGUCACUCAGUGGAGAUCCUCAAGAUAGCCCUUCGCCUGGCCAUAUCAUCUUGGACAAAGCGGAAAAGCAGGUCCGCUUGGGUGAGGUUGAGGCAAGGUUGCUGACGUGGCAGCGAUCUUUACCACCGGGCACAAGGAUUGAAGACGCAUUAGGGGCAUAUGCAACUAGUCCUUUGGUGGAUCUUCAUCUAGCCUACUAUUCCCGCUACAUUAACAUCCAAAGCAUUCUCCUUCAUGAUACGGACAUUCAUGAUGCGAAGAAGCCAGGAGUUGAGGAGAAGCUGAUACAGUCUUGUAAAACCGUUGCCGAUUUGUGUAUGACUUGCUUCGCACCGGUUCAUGUGCAAACAGCAGCCCUGGCCGCCUAUAGCCUGAUGGAUCUUCUAACCAGAGCUGAAGUCCGCGAUAGCUUCCAUGUCAUGAUUGUAGCACUGAGUGGCUCGUCGCGCCGAUGGCCUCUAGUUCGGGGGAUUCUGAAAGUUCUUUGGCAUACAUUACAGGAACGGAAGCUUGACGCAUGCUUAGCUGAAGCAACAGUGACUCUUUUGAAGCUUAGUGCAGUCGACAAUUGGGGGCUACAAGAUCAUCGUCUAUUCGAAGGUUCAGCAUAUCCGAACAUAAGUGUCGCGAAUGAAAAGGGACUUGAGUUCGCGGAGAUGAGCGAUCUACUACAUCAAUAUUCGCUCCUUAACACAGAUGAUGACACUGAGGUAUCGAUCAAGUAG